UUUGUAAAAGCAAGUAGGAAAGGGAUGGCUCCAAAAUUUGCUCAGUUGUUUGUCUCAGCACUGGUGCUAUUAACUCAAUUGCUUUCUCUCGCUGAUGCCCGCAAUAUUGGUGUUUGCUAUGGUUUAAACGGAAAUAAUCUUCCAUCUCCGACGGAUGUCAUCAACCUUUACAAAAGAAGUCAAAUUGACAAUAUCAGGAUCUAUGAGCCUUAUCCAGAAGUGCUUCAAGCGUUACGGGGUUCAGGGCUAUCCGUCGCUAUUGGUCCAAGGAAUGAGGACAUAGCGAGCUUUGCAGGGAGUCAAGAUGCAGCCAAUGCCUGGGUUAAUAAGAACAUCGUCCCUUACAAGAACGAUGUUUCGUUCAAAUGGAUCACCAUCGGCAACGAAGUCAUUCCAGGGCCAUUGGGCGCAAAUGUUCCUGCAGCCAUGAACAACAUCAGAUAUGCACUCUCCUCAGUCGGGCUAACCGGGAUUAACGUCACCACUGUACUCGCUGCAACUGCACUGGGAGCCUCGUUCCCUCCUUCUGCUGGUGCUUUUGCAAGCGAUAUAACAGGGACCAUAGCCAGUAUUGCUGGCAUUCUGGCUCAAGAGAAUGCACCCCUCAUGGUCAAUGUGUACCCAUACUUUGCAUACUCCUCGGACCCUAUUCAUAUUUCCGCUGAAUAUGCCUUGUUCAAUUCCACUUCAGCGGUGGUGACCGAUGGAAGCUUUCAAUAUUUCAAUCUCUUUGAUGCCAUGUGCGAUGCUUUCAACGCCGCCUUAGAAAAGAUCAACUUCGCUGGUGUAAAACUUGCAGUAGCCGAGACUGGGUGGCCGUCGGUGGGAAAUCCACCUUUCACGAGCGUGGCCAAUGCUCAAACUUACAACAAGAACCUUAUGAAUCAUGUGUUGCAGAAUGGGACUCCAAGAAGGCCGUCAUAUCUCAUGGAUGCGUUUUUCUUUGAGAUGUUCAAUGAAAACUUGAAGGAAAAUGCAGUCGAGCAGAACUUCGGAUUCUUCUUCCCCAACAUGGCACCUGUCUAUCCAUUUUGGUGAUUCCAGUGCUAUUGGCUCUUUAGUCUUCAU